AUGCAAGUUACAUCCCUCUCUUUUGUCAUUCCCAAUCUUGUUACUCCUCCGUAUCUCCGACAUUCGUCGAAGCGGUGUUCGAAUCUAGCAUUCUUUGCAACCAUGCAGGUGGCUCGAGCGGCCGGCACACCAUCUAAGUUGCCAGGCUCUUCUUCCAUUCAUUCAUCACGUACUGCCGCUUCAUAUGCUCCGCUCUAUCUCUCCAGUUCCCUUCGCCACAUCGCCUUCGAUAUCGAAGAACUCGAAGGAAUUGCCCUCGAUCGCUUGAAGGUUCUUAAGGCAGCAGAAACGGCACGUUCGAAUGCCAGUAUAGGGCAGCGGUCUGCCGCCGCUGUAGAUGCGAUUCGAACCUCAAUACGUGCGGCAGAGCGCGCAGCAGGUCUUAAUAUUCCUCCUCCAGGCAAUCCUACUCGUGAAGAUCGCGUGUUGAAAGAUGAGGCCUCUCACUUUCUGCUUCGACUGGCCCUUUGUAAGACCCAUGAACACAGAAACUGGUUGCUUUCAACAGAACAUGAUCUCUUCACCGCGAGACUGGAAGGGGCCGGGGCUGAGUUUGCGCUACAAGCAAUUGAGAAGGCGGAUGGGCCAACAGUUCGGUUGGCGUCGGCUAGCGACCUUGAGCGCUUUCGACAAGAGCUUGAUGCAGUUGCACGGGGCCCCGGUAGAAUGAAAGGUGAUUCCGGGACAAACUACUACACGGUAGCAUUCGAACAGGUUCCUGCUCUUAUCAGAUAUAGGAGAGUGUUUCUGGACAAGGGCAUGGCUUAUGUACCAGAGCGGAACGUUCUGGAUAUUGUCUCCUCACAGUUUCGAAGCAAAUUGAGUCAUGCACUUGUUACAGCUUCGAAGGCAGUGGGACUGGCGGAUGGUGAUCAGAGAAUGAGACCAAUUCUGGAGUCCAUCAGGCAGCACUAUGCCAUGGAGGAGCAGGUAAAGGGCUUUGAUCCUGCAGCGAGCAUUGAAAGAAUUAAUCUCACCCAGUUGAACGAGUCUCUUCCCGCCAUGCCACUGUGUAUGGUCAAUAUGAUGACCAGGUUGAGGGAACAGCACCAUCUCAGAUAUGCAGGCAGAUUGCAACUGGGUGUAUUCCUGAAAGGAUGUGGGCUUAACAUGGAUGAGUCGCUUAGGUUUUGGCGGACAGAAUUUGGGAAAGGUGCUAUCAAUUCAGACAAGUUUGAAAAGAGUUACGCUUACAACAUUCGUCAUCACUAUGGGAGAGAAGGAAAGCGACGCAAUCUGGCGCCUUUUCCCUGCAUGCGAAUAAUUAACGAUCGCCCGGGGCCCGGUGAGCACAAUGGGUGUCCCUACCGAGAGUUUGAAGAGACGCGCCUAAAGCAAGCACUGCGCAGCAUUGGAACAGACCCUAACGCUAUCCCCGUCAUUGCAGCCAAGGCGAAAGAGGGCAAUUUUCAGACAGCCUGUGGCAUAUGUUUCGCGUCCUCACAGCCUGGAAUCCAUGCUGUUACAGAAACCGGCAUGCCAGAGUAUAUACCAACGCAUCCAAAUGAAUAUUUCAUCGAAGCUCGCAAACGGCGCUUUGCCCCGAACCCAGAUGUCUCCAUGCUAGAUGCUGACAUUGAUGAGGAGGAAAUGUUGAUGGCCGCAGCUGCGGUAGAAAGCCAAAAUUCCGACGCGACACCCAAGAAAAGUGGCUCUGACGUCGACAGAGACAAUGAAGUGGUCAAUCCAAGAACUCCGUUGGAGAAAAAGGAUGUCAAUUGUGGUAACAAUGGGUUGAAUGCUUCACCUGGGGUAUGUGUACCCGACACACCGGUUCAGGCAACCGCCCAUGAGUCGCCAGUAAUACGGAAACGAAACGAUGAUGCCCCAGAACUUCAACAACCCGCUAAACCCGCCAAUUUACAAUCGAACAAGGAUAUAGAACAAGAAAACCAACCUUCAACAGAGUCAGGCAAUAUGACAGGAGCUGACCGAGCUACUGUUUCAACCAACAAGUACAGUAGAGGCAAGGACGGGAGUGCAGAAGAUGCUCCUGCAUCUCCUAAACGACAGAAAAAAGCUGUGAGUCCGUGA